UAAUCACAUGAAUGAAUGAUAUUUACUAGUUUUUCCACUCCGCAAAAAUAUCUCUAGUCAAAUUUACUGCGGUACUAGCAGUUACGUCACAGCACGUCACUCUAGUCAGUCGUAGCGCGGCUGAUAACCCAACUUUGACAGUCCUAAUCCCUUGUCUGCUACGACCUGAAUCACCUUGAGUGAAAGACAAUAACAAGUGAAAAUGGCAUCAAUUGGUAAAACAACUUUACACAACCUUGGCAACUUAAGGAACUUAAGGGUGUUGAUUAGAAGAAACUUAGCAACGACAAAUGCAGUUGCCGCGAAACAGAUGACUGUGAGGGAUGCCCUAAACUCAGCACUUGAUGAGGAGAUUGAGAGGGAUGAUAGGGUAUUUUUGUUGGGUGAAGAGGUAGCACAGUACGAUGGGGCCUACAAAGUAUCCAGGGGGUUAUGGAAGAAAUAUGGAGAUAAAAGGAUAAUUGACACGCCAAUCACUGAAAUGGGUUUUGCAGGUAUUGCCGUUGGUGCCGCGAUGGCCGGCCUGCGCCCCAUCUGCGAGUUCAUGACCUUCAAUUUUGCUAUGCAAGCCAUCGAUCAGAUCAUAAACUCUGCCGCGAAAACGUACUACAUGUCCGCCGGUCUCGUCAAUGUCCCGAUCGUGUUUAGAGGUCCGAACGGCGCUGCCGCUGGUGUAGCCGCACAGCACUCUCAGUGCUACGGCGCCUGGUACGCCCAUUGUCCUGGUCUGAAAGUAAUCUCCCCAUACAAUUCAGAGGAUGCUAAAGGUCUAUUGAAGGCAGCUAUUAGGGACCCCGAUCCGGUCGUGUUUUUGGAGAACGAAGUACUGUAUGGUGUCCAAUAUCCUAUGUCAGAUGAGGCUCUGUCAAAGGACUUCGUCCUGCCCAUUGGCAAGGCGAAAAUCGAAAGGCCAGGAAAACAUAUAACGAUAGUGGCCCACAGUAGAGCAGUAGAAACCGCCCUGAUCGGAGCGAACGAACUGGCGGGCAAGGGAAUAGAAGCGGAAGUAAUAAACCUACGUUCACUCAGACCGUUGGACACCGAAACGAUCGCCCAGUCUGUAGCGAAAACCAAUCAUUUGAUCACAGUAGAACAGGGAUGGCCAUCGUGCGGAAUCGGUGCUGAAAUUAUUGCGAGGAUCAUGGAGAGCAAGGCCUUCUUCCACUUGGAUCAACCCGCAUUAAGACUGACCGGUGUCGAUGUGCCGAUGGCCUACACUAAAACUCUUGAGCAACACUCGUUACCACAGCCGCACGAUGUCGUUGAAGCCGCAAAGAAAUUGUUGAACGUAAAAUAAGUAAAUUGCCUAUUGUCGUUUUUAAGACCAAACCUGCCGUUUCAAUUCUGUAUAGCAUAUACAUAUUAUUUAUUUUAUACAAUGAAAAUAUAUUAGCUGGAUUUUUUGUCUAGUCCGAUUUUAUACAGAGUUGUAAGAUAUGCAUUUUUAUGUUUUAUACGGUUCUGUGUUAUUGCAGAUGCUCUAAAAUACGUUGUUACAUCAUUGUUUAAUCCAUCAUAUACGACCUUGGUCAAUUUAUUUUAUUUUAAGCUGUAAAUAAUAAAUACCGAUUGUUUUAAAA